CUGGAAUUAUCACUGUCAUCUGUGUACCUAUUGAUAAAUACUGAAUUUUUAAAGUCAGAAGUGAAAAAAAAAAAACCUCAAUGAGUUUCUCAGAGCAUGGAAAAUACGCUUUUUUGGAGAAAAUUGCAUGAUGCACCGAGAUACCUGAAGAAUCCGAGUCCUCAAUCCAAAAUGGCUGUACCAGCUAACAGAGUCCGGCCCCCGGCCCAGCUCCAGUCUCGGUACAGCCAACUUCCAAACAUUAACACGCCUCGAGACGGACAGCUGGUCCCUGUCCAGGGCCGCAAGACAAGUCCAGGGUAUAUCAACUCCCUGGACGCUGAAGGAGACGAACGUCUUAGACAGGUGGAAGUCCGACUGUCAGUGGCAGAGAAAUCCAACCGAGCUCUUCUAGAGGAGGUGUUACGACUACAAGGGGACAUAAAAUCAUCUUCACGAAGGAAUGAAGACAUCCUCAGGGACGAGAGAAGCUCCAGACAAAAUCUUGAGUCAGCCAUUAAAAUUAGCAAUGAACUUAUAUCUCAACUUGGAACACGGAUUAAAGAAGCAGAAGAAAAGCUACAUGACGAAAAGUCAGCAUUAUCAUCUCUUGUUAAUCAUACCAAAGGAGUGGAACAGGCAGUGAAGAGCAGUCAAAAUGAACUCCUCACCAAGAGAGAUCUUCAAUCAUCAAAGAUAUCAGAAAUGCGAGUUGAUCUGGAUGAGGUUUUACAAGCUAAGUCCCAGCUGGAAAGAGUUGCAUUUCAGCUCGCUGAUGACAUUCGUGGCUUAAAAAUGAAGGUGGAUUCACAAGCCUCUGAUUUCACUGCGGUGUCAGGGGAUUUAAAAAACAAAUCCAAGAAGUUGGAGGAUGAAAACCGAGCACAGGAAGAGAAGCUGGAUGCCCUCAGAAAGCACACAUCUCUGCAAUCCCAGUCUGAACAACAGGCUACACUUCUCCGAGGACAGGUAGAAACCAGAUUAACAGAACUACGCGAUGUCCUGGUGGACGUACGCUCAAAACAGGAAAAUGAAGUUGUUGAGAGGCGUUCACUGGAACAAAGUAUGCAACAAAAGGUCAACGAGCUACAACAGUCAUUAUCAGAGGCAAAUCGUAAGCGAGAAGAGACUGUCCACUCUAUGGACAUGGUGCUACGCGAGCGUGAACAUGCUACACAAGCCGAUCGCCUGACCUUGACAACCAAGGUCGCUGAUACUGUGGAGGACCUUAAUAAGAAAUUGAUGGAAAAAGACAUCAAAAUCCGGGGGGAGGUUCAGGAUAGGUACCUCCAGCUGGAGCGGGUUCUACAGCAGGACCAAACAACGCGACGAGAAUAUGAGAGGGCCACACAUGAUGAGCUGGAAAAGAGGCUUGCUGCAUUGAAGAAGGUUCAAGAUGAGCAAUCUGUCGAAAUCAAAGAGCUCAUGAAGACCGAAAAAGGAAAGACGAAAACCACUUUAGGAAAACUAGAUGACUCCAUUACCAUUCUUGAGAAACAGGUGCUAGAGACAAAAAAGUCUUUUGAGAAGGUGAUGGCUGCUGAGAUCAGUCAAAGGAAAAUACAUGAAAGAGAUACAGCAGAAAAAAUAGGCAGUGUCAACGAAAAGCUACAGAUAGCGACCUCUACACUGCAGCAGUCUAUAGGGGGGAUAACUCACACCACCAGCAACCAACACGACAAACUUCGCCGCGAAAUGCGUACAUUAUUGGCGGAACAGAAAGAGGCAUCAACAAGAAGCCUGACGGAUCUGGAUGCCAGGAUGAACUUUACGAAAAAUAGAAUGAAUGAUUUGGAAGAGAAACUGGAAGCUAAAGUGGCCUCUUAUAUUGUUAAGUACAAGAAUGAAGAGGAGGCUGAAGAGCGAGAGGCAUCACAAAAUCUGGCAGAGAGUCUACGAGAGAAGGUGGACACAAUAUCAUCCUGGCAGGAUCAGACAUCGCAGACAGUCAAGGAACUAAGUCUAGGAGUACAGCGUCUUCCUGAGGAGAUAUACAGUAUACAAGAGAAACAAACUCUUAUCAAGUCAGAAAUGAAUUCCAGAAUGACGGCUGAGGCAGACUCAAGGAUUAGAGAAAUAGAAAACCUGAAACAGGAGGUACAGAUGCUGAAGAUGAAGCGCGAACCAAAGGCGGCAACCAUAUCCGACAUAGAAAACGUACAGGCUAGUGUUCGUCGACUAGCAGACUCUAUCCAGACUGUAAAGACAGUCCUCGGCAUGAAGAUACAGUCAGAACAAAAACUGCGUACAGACGAUGUUCAGAAGUUGCAUCAGGAGAUUUCAAUUUUAAGAACAGCCAUUGAGCCUCUUGUUAGGAAGCCUCUGCCGCGCUCCUUUGUGAAGGACUCGGCUGCGGGCAGUAGAGCAGACAGUACACCCGAGGUUAAUAAAUGGAGCGUACCCAAUGCCUACAAAUGGUCUGUUUGGAAAGCAAAAUGGAUGUACCUCUUGUGGCAAAUACGUGCUAGGAAAAAGAACUCUAGUCUUGGGAUAUAUCGUCCUGAGAAUCCAAGACCUUCUUCCAACUCGUCAGAGAGGUCAAAUACAGGGGAGACAACCUCAUGAAAAUAUAGUUCCCUUGUUAUCGCAGACUUUGGGGAGAUAGUUCUCAUAUUCUCCUGACAAAGUCCGUCUCAGUGAAGUUUUGAUUCAAAACACCAGCAAUAUUUAACUAAAAUAUAUGACAUAUGGUGAUAUUGGUCUAAAUCCAUGCUUUCCUCUUUUGGGGAACUUUCGAUUACAUGAAAUUUUGUUACCGAAUUGGUAACUAUGUUCGAUUUCGUGUUACUUUAUUACCGCAUCACACUCUGUAGAAUUCCUUGCAAAAGAGGAAUUUUCAGGGAAUGGUGUUAUGUAUAUCAGAUGCAGGAUAUCUUAUACUAAGUACUAAUAAUUAGCAUAUUUAGUGCUCAAAUACUCUGACGUCAUACCAGGAGAAUUAGUAUUUCAGAGUAGUGUAGUAUUUAUGAUUCUAAUCGAUGUGUUACAUUUUUUUUCAAACUUAAUAUUUUCCUUAUAUAAUAAGUUGAUCGCACAUUAAAUCAUUGUUUAUUUGCGAUGUUGAUAUUUGAUGGGAAUUAGGGGUCAGUAGCAUUAUACCAAUUUUCUUAAAUUAUUAUCACUGUAGAUUUAUUAUUAUCCAAAUUACAUACUCCUUGAAAUCUAGUCCUUGCCCCCUUUUCUCAAGCUUUCAGAUUAUUGUAAACGUUCAGACAGAUUGAAAUUACAAAUAAUUAUAUCCUUACAAUUCACCAAGAUUUAAAGUGCUGAUUACUGCGGGAAGUUUAUACUGUUUUUACAUUCAUCUUGAAAUUGAAACGGAGAAUAUACCUCUUUAUUCUUCACACUGAUUAUUGUCAACACUGGGCCUAAUUGAUAUCCCAAAUAUAAUUGUAUUAAUUGCUGUAAUAUUGAGCGUUAGUCCCUUGAUUAUUCCUAAUUCCAUUUAUAUAUUCAUCAAGCAUUUUUUUUGAAUUUCACUCAUUUGUUAGUCUCUCACUGGAAAUUAACACUCUAAUGUUUGUUUAAAAAGGGAAUACUUCAAUAGAAAUAAUUUCCCUUAAAUUUAUUUUGAAUCAGCUGUUUGUAAAAUGUAAAUCGGGUAUUUUUCUUUAACUUUUCUUUUCUUUUCAUAGAUGUACAUUACUGUUACUUUUGACCUUUUGUGUCUUUGUUUGAGUCUCUUGGCUCACUCACACCAAUAGUUUAAGUUGUUAAUUGUAGCGAAACACCUAUAUUAUAUUACACAAGUAGGUUUUCGGCUGUAGAAAUAAUUUGUUAUGUUUAGUUGUAGAUCUGUAUUUACUCCGUCCAACAUGUUUUUGUUUGUUUUUUUAGCUGUGAUUAUUUUCUAUAUCAUGUUUUAACCAAAGCUAUAUUGUGAUAUUUGAUAAACCAUGUCUGACUUCCAUUGUGUAUGUGUCAAUGGCUCAGACCUGGCGAAGCCAUAGAGAAAGUGGAUAAUGGUGUCAAUGUUGACGAAUGUUUGUGGUGUGGUCAGAGAGUAUGUAUGUAUGUAUGUUUCUGAAAGUUUAAGAGAGUAUAAUCAUACACGGAGAAAUUAAAUCUCAUCAUCCAGCAUAUAUAAAUAUAUUAACAUCCAAUAGGCGGCAAAGUCACUUAACAAGUUUUGGUCUUUAACAACUUUUUGUGAAGUUAAUGUCAAAAUGUAUGAAAAUGAAAUAACAUGCAAAUUGGGAUAACCCUUUAGGAAGAUUUUCUUUUGGUUGGCUAAUUUCAACUAGAACUUUUUGAAAAUGAUGCCAUUCUGUAUGCUGAAUGACUGAAAUAACGCUUACCUAUGUCUGGAACCUAAUGCAUUAUUUCCCAUUAUUACAUAUCAUUGUCAUUUGUUAAUAUAAAAUUUUAAUAUGUUAUAUGUAAAUAUUUUUAAGUAUAAUAUUAAAUAAAUCAAAUACUUACAUAGGAAUGAUUUAGCGAAUUACCUGCCUUUUAAUGGCUUGGAGAAACGAGCAUGUCUGUCCAAGCGUUCUGUGUUAUAUGAAUCUGUAAAAAGAACAAAAUCAUUGCUAUAAUGUGUUGUGUCUUACUUACAAGCUAGUUAAAGUAAAAAAAAAUAUGUCAAUUUGUUGUGUAAUACAACUCAGGUACUUAUUAAGUGUUGCUUCUGACAGAUUAUCAAUAUCCGAUAGAAAGGAUAAUGUAUGAUGUCAUCUAGGUCAUUCAAGGAAAACACCAUUCAUGCAAACAUGAAUAUUACAAUGAAAUGCGAUUUGCACCCCUGGUCUUCCAUUAAUGCUAGUGAUAUUAAAGGUCCUGUAAUGACAAUGGUUUCUAAAAAGUUACUUUAAAGUUCAUGUGUUUAAGCGGUAUGCAAAUAACCUCUGAUUAGCAACAUCUUUUAUGCAUACAUUAUUGCUGCGUUGCAUUUUGCAUGAAUAUAGUUAUAGAUGGUCGAGUAUCAGUUUCCGGGUAAGACAGGCGGAGUAGAUAUUUAGACGUUUGGAUAUCAGUUUCUGGUUUAAAAAAAAAGAGUACAACCGUUUCAGAUAUCUGGAUGUAAGUUGCUGGAUUAAAGUUACAUGAAGUAGAGAUUCAGAUGUUUUGGUGUCGAUUCUUGGUUAAAGACACGUGGGGUAGAUAUUCAGAUAUCUGGGUGCAAGAUUCUGGUUUAAAGACAUGUGGGUAGAGAUUCAGAUUCUACUGGCCCCCUGUAUUGAAAUUAUAAACAAAAUUGAGCUUUAUGAUUUUGGUCCCUAGGAUAUGUCUGAUCCUAAAUUUCAAACUAGGGGCAGUUAAUCUAGUAUUUUUUUCGUGGCAAUUCUUAACAAAAAAACUUAGGGUCGGGUGGCCAGUCUAAGAUUCAGAUGUGUGGGUGUCGGUUCCGUAGGGAAAGACUCGUGCCCAGCAGUGAACUAGAUUUCUGUGUGAAAUGUUCUUAGAUACACCCGCAUAGAUUGAUUGAGUGAUUGAGAUGUCUGGAUAGCAGUUUUGGGGGUUCAGGCACGUGGAGAGUUACAUGUAGAUGUUUGGGCAUCAGUUCCCGGUGUUAAUCUAAUGCUGUAUAACAACUGUUGUGCUCGACUCUGCCCUUCUGCGAUCUGCUGAGGUCUAAUUUAUCCUUUUUGAACUCAUGAUAUAUUUUUGUAAUUUUUGCAAGAUGAUGAAAUGUUGUAUGCAUAUUUGUCCUUUUAUUAUGUCUCGUCCAUUCAAAUCGUCUUAUAUUAUCAUCAGUAGGUGCAUACUUUAGUUGAAGAAGAAAAACUAAAACCCAAGAUCAAAUUCCUGUUCUAAUUCCUUAGAAUAAGGAUACAGUAUAUUGAUAUAUUUCAAUAAAACAGUUAGAUACAAA